AUGUGCGGUAGCCUGUCUGGCCACAAGGGUUGGGUCACUGCCAUCGCUACGUCGCAGGAGAACCCUGACCUGCUGCUGACUGCCUCGCGUGACAAGACUAUCAUUGUCUGGAACCUUUCGCGCGACGAGACGAACUACGGUUACCCGAAGAAGAUUCUCCACGGCCACAACCACUUUGUGUCGGACGUGGUGAUCUCGUCGGACGGCCAGUUCGCUCUGUCGGCUUCGUGGGACAAGUCGCUCCGUCUGUGGGACCUCAACACUGGUCUGACUACCCGCCGCUUUGUGGGCCACACCAGCGAUGUGCUCAGCGUGAGCUUCAGCCCGGACAACCGUCAGAUCGUUUCGGGUAGCCGUGACAAGACCAUCAAGCUGUGGAACACUCUUGGUGACUGCAAGUUCAACAUCACCGAGGAGGGCCACACUGAAUGGGUGAGCUGCGUCCGCUUCAGUCCGAACCCUGAGAACCCGAUGAUUGUCUCGGCUGGUUGGGACAAGGUUGUGAAGGUCUGGGAGCUUAGCCGCUGCAAGCUGACUACCAACCACUUCGGACACCAGGGCUACAUCAACACUGUCACCAUCUCGCCGGAUGGUUCGCUCUGCGCCUCGGGUGGUCGCGACGGUGUGACCAUGCUUUGGGAGCUCACUGACGGCAAGCACCUCUACUCGCUUGACGCUGGUGACGUUGUCAACGCCCUUGUCUUCUCGCCCAACCGCUACUGGCUCUGCGCUGCCACUGCCUCGUACAUCAAGAUCUUCGACCUGGAGAGCAAGUCGAUUGUUGACGAGAUCAAGCCGGAGUUCCCUGGCCUCGGCAAGAACGCCACUGAGCCGGAGUGCUUGUCGCUUGCCUGGUCGGCGGACGGCCAGACCCUCUUCGCUGGCUACAGCGACAAUAUCGUUCGCGUCUACUCGGUGAUCUAA